UUCUUUCCCUCUUCUGCUUUUUCUUCUUCACUUUGCCUAAAGAAAGGCUUGGCUUGCACAAAGAACUAUAGAUUACUCCUUAUACCAUUUUUUUCAGCAGAAUUUCAAUUUUCAUCUCUUCUUCUCACAAAGAAAAGAAAAAGAAAAGAGAAAGAGAAAGAGAAAGAGCAAAAAGAGAAAAAGGAGAGGCUUAUCUUCUUCCUUGUAUUUCAAGACUCUUUUUCUCUCUGGUAAGAUGUUUGAUUCCUUAAGCCCUCCAUACACACUUGAAGUUUCUCAGAUUCCUCUCACUUUCUUUCCCUUUCCAGGAAAAUCCAAUCUUACCCGGAUGCUUAAAUCAUUUCCUCUUUCCUUAGAGUUCUUCCAAACCCAAUUUUCUUGAGAAGAAAAAAAAAAAGACACCCCAAAGAAGUGAUAAACAUGGUCUUUUUCUUUGUCCAUACACUUUUCUCUCUUCUACUCACCACUUCUUGCUUAGCCUCUUCUUCUUCUUCUUCUUUGCUUAGUGAUUUUCACGUCUUGGUAAAGCUCAAACGAGGAUUUGAAUUCUCUGAGCCGGCUUUGAACUCGUGGAACCCUUCAAGGCCAAGCUCGGUUUGUUCAUCUUGGGCUGGAAUUCGAUGCUCUAAAGGACGAGUAGUUUCACUUGACUUGACUGAUUUGAGUCUAAGUGGCUCUGUUUCGCCUCUCAUUUCAAGACUUAACCAACUCACUGACCUCUCUCUUUCUGGUAACAACUUCUCAGGCAGCAUUGAGAUUACAAGUGUGACUAAACUUCGGUUCCUAAACAUCUCAAAUAACCAGUUCAGUGGCAGCUUAGAUUGGAACUACUCAACUAUCUCGAACUUGGAAGUGUUUGAUGCUUACAACAAUAACUUUACUGAUGUACUUCCACUCGGGAUUCUCAGUUUAAAGAAGCUCAAGUACUUGGAUCUUGCAGGCAAUUAUUUCUUUGGCAAAAUCCCAGAAAGCUAUGGUGAGCUAGCUGAGUUGGAGUACUUGUCACUAGCUGGGAAUGAUCUCAAUGGUAAAAUCCCAGGUGAGUUGGGCAACCUCACUAACUUGAAAGAGAUUUACUUGGGUUAUUACAAUGUUUUUGAAGGUGGAAUUCCAGCGGAGCUUGGGAAGCUAGUGAGUCUAGUUCACAUGGACCUUUCCAACAGUGAAUUAGAUGGGCCAAUCCCACCUGAGCUGGGGAACUUGAAGGCAUUGGACACACUCUAUUUGCAUGCCAAUGUGCUUUCAGGCUCAAUUCCAAGGCAGUUAGGCAACUUGACAAACUUAAUCAAUCUUGACCUCUCCAACAACGCGCUCACCGGUGAAAUCCCAUUUGAGUUUGUCAAUCUCACACAGCUCAAGCUCUUCAACCUCAUGAUAAACAGGCUGCACGGCUCCAUACCAGACUUCGUAGCAGAACUGCCUUACUUGGAGACUCUGGCGCUGUGGAUGAACAACUUCACAGGCGUAAUUCCUCAGAAGCUUGGCCAGAAUGGUAAGCUCCAAAUACUGGACUUGUCCACCAACAAGCUCACUGGUACAAUCCCUCCAAACUUGUGCUCAUCCAAUCAGCUAAGGAUACUAAUUCUAUUGAAAAACUUUCUAUUCGGACCAAUCCCAGAUGGCCUGGGAACGUGUUCUAGUCUCAUUAGAGUUAGGCUGGGGCAGAAUUACUUGAAUGGUAGCAUACCAAAUGGUUUUCUUUACUUGCCUCUAUUGAAUCUAGCAGAGUUACAAGAAAACAACUUAUCUGGUUCUUUGUCAGAGAAUGUUAAUAGCUCAUCAAAUCCAGUCAAACUAAGCCAACUUAACCUCUCAAAAAAUCUCUUAUCAGGUCCUUUACCAUCUUCCAUUUCAAAUUUCACUUCUGUCCAAAUCCUUCUCCUUAGUGGUAACCAAUUUUCAGGUCCAAUCCCACCAUCAAUAGGACAACUCAGUCAGGUUCUAACACUUGAUCUCAGCCAAAAUUCACUCUCCGGUGAAAUCCCACCUGAAAUUGGAAACUGUGUACAUCUCACUGUUCUUGACAUGAGCCAGAACAACCUCUCUGGCUCAAUCCCACCACAGAUUUCGAAUAUCCGUAUCUUGAAUUACCUUAACUUUUCGAGAAAUCACUUGAACCAAACCAUACCAAGAUCAAUUGGAACCAUGAAGAGCCUCACAACAGCAGAUUUCUCCUUCAAUGAUUUCUCCGGUAAGUUACCGGAAUCAGGCCAAUUUGGCUUCUUCAACGCCACAUCCUUCGCCGGAAAUCCUCAACUCUGCGGUUCUCUUCUCAACAAUCCCUGCAAUUUCACCACAAUCGCAGCCACACCCAGAAAACCACAAGCAGAUUUCAAGCUAAUCUUCGCUCUAGGCCUGCUCAUUUGCUCUCUGGUCUUCGCCGCCGCGGCCAUAAUCAAAGCCAAGUCGUUCAAAAGAAACGGCCCCGAGUCAUGGAAAAUGACCGCAUUUCAAAAGCUCGAAUUCACAGUCUAUGACAUCCUCGAAUGCGUUAAAGACGGCAACGUGAUCGGAAGAGGAGGAGCUGGGAUCGUCUACCAUGGAAAAAUGCCAAAUGGGGUCGAAAUAGCAGUCAAGAAACUACUCGGGAUCGGUCCAAACAGCCACGACCAUGGCUUCCGAGCCGAAAUCCAGACCCUCGGCAACAUCCGCCAUAGAAAUAUAGUUCGGUUGCUGGCGUUUUGCUCGAACAAGGAGACCAAUCUAUUGGUCUACGAGUACAUGAGAAAUGGAAGCUUGGGUGAGGCCAUACACGGAAAAAAAGGAUCGUUCUUGACUUGGAAUAUGAGGUAUAAGAUCGCCAUUGAAGCAGCCAAAGGACUCUGUUACCUUCACCAUGAUUGUUCGCCAUUGAUAUUACACCGAGACGUGAAAUCCAACAACAUUUUGCUCAAUUCAAACUUCGAAGCACACGUGGCAGAUUUCGGCCUUGCCAAGUUCUUGCUCGACGGCGGCGCCUCCGAGUGCAUGUCGGCGAUUGCAGGGUCAUACGGCUACAUUGCUCCUGAAUAUGCUUACACAUUACGUGUCGACGAGAAGAGUGACGUGUACAGCUUCGGAGUGGUGUUGCUGGAGCUGCUGACGGGGCGGCGGCCGGUGGGGGACUUCGGAGAAGGAGUGGACAUAGUUCAGUGGUCAAAGAAAGCCACAAGCUGUAGAAGAGAAGAUGUUCUUCAAAUCGUUGACCGGCGGUUGACCACCGUGCCGGGAGACGAAGUCACUCACUUGUUCUUCAUUGCCACUCUUUGUAUCCAAGAGAACAGUGUCCAACGCCCCACCAUGAGAGAGGUUGUUCAGAUGUUGUCAGAGUUCACAGAUCGCCAUACUCAAACUCAAUCCUCAUCUUCUUCUAAGAUCCAUGAAAAUCACACAAAAAUUACAUGUCCCAAGUUUAGACAAGAUCUUUUGGUUUAAUAAUUUAUAAGAAGAAGAAGAAAAAAAAAACAUAUAUAAUUAACAAUAGCAUUAUUUUCAUUUUUUUUUACGUUUAAUUUUCUAGAGUUGAUUUAAAAUGGGUGUAUCCUAUAAGUGGCUUUGUUUUUUUUUUCCUCGUAAUAUGAGAGUUUGAGGGGUUUUGUUUUGGUUUAGAUAUAGGAAGAGAGAAUUUGGUGGCCAAUAUUAGAAUUAGAGUUUAGAAAUAAUGAAUAUGAGUUGCCCUUCUUUUCAAGAUGGUGCAAUUUAUAAUUAGGAAAAAAGAAGAGCAUGAAAGCUUAAACUUGGGCAAUGUAUGCUUUUUUUUUUGUACUAUAUAUAUAUAUAUAUAUAUCCUCAUAUAUACAUAUUUUUUCUUCCCCAUUGCUUUA